AUGGAGUCCAAACUCUUGGAGAAGUUGGAAGGCAUCACAAAGUGGAUGCACGAGAUUGAUCAGCGGCUGGAUUCCCAAGGUGGCAGUCUCGAGAAGGUGACUACCAAGGUGGAUCUCGCCAUGGAUUCCGUCGGCAAGGUGCAGUUUAGAAUGGCAGUCGAAACAGAAUUUGAGGGUGUUGUGGAACGUGAGAAAAUGUCUGCACUAGAUACUCUGACUCAAACUGAAAUUCGAGCUGCUGUUGUUGUUCAAUUGCCUGACACUGUACAGCAAGCAUCUGCUAUUGCUCUUAUGCAGGAAUCUGUCUUGGCUAGUAGAGCUACCAAAGCUCUCAAAGGGAAAUUUGUGAAACUUCCUCAGUACAAGAGUGAUAUCAGUUCUGAUACUGCUCCAGGUCGAGUAGAUAAAGAGGAUCUAUGGAAGGCUAAGCAGUUGAAAGACUAUCGACGUGCUCAGGGUCUUUGUUUUAAGUGUGGUGACAAAUAUACUCCUGAACAUCGUUGUGCUGUUGGAGGCCAAAUCAAAGCUAUGCAGUUGGAAGAGGUGCUCACUGAUGACAUAUUGGAUGUUGUUAUUGCUGCAGAACAAUCUGAUGAUGAGGAGGACUGUCAUAUUUCUCUGAAUGCAUUGACAGGAGCUCACCUUCCUACUGCUAUUCAUUUGAGAGCAUUGGUUCACAGUAAAGUCUUGUUACUUUUGGUGGAUUCUGGCAGCUCUCACAGCUUUAUUGAUUACAACUUUGCACAGAUGCUGGGUUUACCUCUAAAACCAAUUCCUUCUACUCUGGUGAAAGUUGCUAAUGGUGAUUGCUUACCUUGUCAGUAUGUGGUUCCUGGUUUUUCUUGGUGGAUUCAGGGGCACACAUUUACUUAUGACAUGAGGGUGGUCACUUUGGGGGGUCACGAUGCCAUCUUAGGUAGGGACUGGCUUGAGCAAUGGGGGGAAAUGUCUUGUCAUUGGGCUAAUAAAACACUCAAGUUUCAGUAUCAAGGGUCUUGGAUUUCUCUUCAAGGAGUACAAGAUGCUGCAGUCCCUUCUGAAAUUGCUGCUGUCACUCUGCCACAACUUUUGAAAUGGCAUAAGGGUUGUGAAAUAUGGACUGCUGCUUUGUUGGAACAUUCCCAGGAUGAUGUCCAGCAUGUGAUUCCUUCUUCAGUGCAACAAUUGUUAACUGACUUUGACGAUGUCUUUCACGAUCCUAAGUGUCUUCCCCCACACAGGGUUUUUGAUCAUGCUAUUUCUCUAGUACCUGAUGCUAUUCCUGUCAACUGCAGACCUUAUCGCUAUUAUCCAUUACAAAAAGACGAGAUUGAGAAACAGGUGAACGAAAUGAUUGAUGCUGGUUUAAUUACACCUAGUAUGAGUCCCUAUGCAUCACCUGUUUUACUUGUCAAGAAAAAGGAUGGUUGUUGGCGUUUUUGUGUGGAUUACAGAAGAUUAAAUGCUCUCACCAUUAAAAGUAAGUUUCCUAUGCUGGUUGUUGAUGAAUUAUUGGAUGAGCUCUCAGGCACUAAAUUCUUCUCUAAACUGGACUUGAAAGCUGGGUAUCAUCAAAUUCGAAUGGUGGAAACUGAUGAAGCCAAGACAGCCUUUAAGACACAUCAUGGGCAAUUUCAGUUUAGGGUUAUGCCAUUUGGUCUCACGAAUGCACCCUCCACCUUUCAGUGCCUUAUGAACUCAGUCUUUGCACCAUUUAUCAGGAAGUUUGUGUUGCACCAGUUGUUUGCUAAGAGGUCUAAAUGCUCUUUUGCUUGCACUCAACUAGAAUACUUAGGACAUAUCAUUUCUGACAAAGGAGUUAGUACUGAUCCUGAGAAGACAGCAGCAAUGCUGGCUUGGCCUGUGCCUACUUCUGUUACUGAAUUGAGGGGAUUUUUGGGACUGACAGGCUAUUACAGAAAAUUUGUUCAGGGUUAUAGUAUCAUAACACGACCAUUGACACUCUUGUUGAAGAAGAAUGCCUUUCUUUGGACUGAUGCUGCUCAGCUUGCUUUUGAUCAGUUGAAGACAACUAUGAGUAACACUCCAGUGUUAGCUUUGCCCAAUUUUCAGCUUCCUUUUACUUUGGAGACUGAUGCAUGUGCUUAUGGUCUUGGUGUUGUUUUAAGUCAGCAGGGUCACCCUAUUGCUUAUUAUAGCAAAACUUUGGGUCCUGAGGUGAUCAAUUCUUAUACAGUGGAUCCUCAAGCUCAGCAGCUACUAGCUGAGUUGGCUGUGCAUUCUCCUAAUUCUCAAGGGUAUUCAUUGACACAAGGGAUUAUUAGAUUCCAGAAUAAGAUUUGGAUUGGAUCCAAUGCAGGACUGCAUACUAAGUUGAUUCAAGCUUUUCAUGCUUCUGCACUUGGUGGCCAUUCUGGGAUUGCUGCUACUUAUCAUCGAAUUAAGAAAUUAUUUGCUUGGCCUGGUCUCAAGUUGGAUGUUGAAAAUUUUGUGAAGCAAUGUCAGGCUCUUUUUGGGGUGGAUCCUCAUUAUUCUCAAGUUCCUGAUCUGACAUUGGCUACUCUGCCUGAUGUGGUGGAUGUUCAGACUGAAAGGCAGCACUUGUCUGAAUUUUUACAGCAGCAGUUAACUCGAGCCCAGCUGCGUAUGAAGAACAAGGCUGAUAAAGGUCGUUCUGACCGUGUUUUUGCUAUGGGUGAUGCUGUUUUCUUGAAGUUACAGCCUUAUGCUCAGUCCUCAGUAGUUAAUAGACCAUAUCCUAAGUUGGCUUAUAAGUUCUUUGGCCCUUUUACUGUUUUGGAGCGCAUUGGAGUGGCGGCUUAUCGUUUGGAUCUACCUGCCAGCAGCACUGUGCAUCCAGUGUUUCAUGUUUCUCAACUCAAAGCUCAGGUGCCAGAUCAUACUCCUGUUUAUACUUCUUUGCCAUCCCCAGUGGUUCUUAAUGCUGCUGACAUUGUUCCUGAGGCGAUUUUGGAGCGUCGACUAGUGAAGCGCUGCAAUGCAGCUCAUGUCCAGGUGUUGCUGAAAUGGUCUUCAUUACCAGCAGAUCAUGCUACUUGGGAGGACUAUCAUGUUGUGAAGACUCGCUUUCCAGAUGCUCCAGCUUGGGGACAAGCUGAAACUCCUGCGGGCGGCACUGUCAUGACCGGCAAUGGUGACACUGAGAAAGAGGUUUAA